CCCGCAUGCGCAGUGCGGCCUGGCUCGUCCGCGCUGAGGCGGCCCGUGAGGUGGCGGAGCGGCCGGGCCGGAGCUGAGGCGGCGGCGGCGGCGGCACAGGCACAGUGAGUACCGUGUAGUCUGGUAGCUCUCAAAGAUGGUGAAGCUGGAUAUUCACACUUUGGCGCAUCACCUCAAGCAGGAGCGACUCUACGUAAACUCAGAAAAGCAACUUAUACAGAGACUCAAUGCUGACGUAUUGAAAACUGCUGAAAAACUGUACCGCACAGCAUGGAUUUCCAAGCAGCAGAGGAUUAACUUGGACAGACUUAUCAUAACAAGUGCUGAAGCCUCUCCUGCUGAGUGCUGCCAACAUGCUAAGAUCUUGGAGGACACACAAUUUGUGGAUGGGUACAAGCAGUUGGGAUUUCAAGAGACUGCUUACGGAGAAUUCCUGAACAGGCUUCGAGAAAACCCUAGGCUUAUUGCUUCCUGUCUGGUUGCUGGAGAGAAACUCAACCAGGACAACACUCAGGGUGUUAUCCACACCGUCUUUACCUCCAUCUAUGGCAACUGCAUCAUGCAGGAGGAUGAGAGCUAUCUCCUCCAGGUUUUACGGUACUUGAUUGAAUUUGAGCUCAAGGAAAGUGACAACCCCCGGCGGCUCCUGAGAAGAGGCACCUGUGCAUUCAGCAUUUUAUUCAAACUUUUUUCAGAAGGGCUCUUUUCUGCAAAACUCUUCCUCACUGCAACACUGCAUGAGCCGAUUAUGCAGCUGCUAGUUGAAGAUGAAGAUCACCUAGAAACUGAUCAAAACAAACUGAUUGAGCGGUUCUCUCCGGCACAGCAGGAAAAACUCUUUGGGGAAAAAGGCACAGAGAGGUUCAGACAGAAAGUCCAAGAGAUGGUGGAUUCCAAUGAGGCCAAGCUCGUAACCCUGGUGAACAAAUUCAUUGGCUAUCUCAAGCAGAACACGUAUUGCUUUCCACAUAGUUUGAGAUGGAUUGUGUCCCAAAUGUACAAAACACUCUCAUGUGUAGACAGGCUGGAGGUUGGGGAGGUGAGAGCAAUGUGCACGGAUCUUCUUCUAGCCUGCUUAAUUUGUCCAGCAGUUGUCAACCCAGAGCAGUAUGGAAUCAUUUCUGAUGCCCCGAUAAAUGAAGUGGCAAGAUUUAACCUGAUGCAGGUUGGGAGACUUCUGCAGCAGUUGGCAAUGACAGGCUCCGAAGAGGGAGAUCCACGCAUGAAAAGCAACCUUGGUAAAUUUGACAAAAGCUGUGUUGCUGCUUUCCUGGAUGUCGUGAUUGACGGGCGCGCAGUGGAAACCCCUCCUAUGUCCUCAGUUAACCUUCUGGAAGGGCUGAGCCGUACUGUGAUUUAUGUGACAUACAGCCAACUUACUACUCUGGUGGGUUUUAUGAGGAAUGUGAUGUUGAGUGAUCAGCUGAGGGAAGAUCGGAUGGCUCUGGAAAACUUGUUGGCAAACUUACCCCAGAACAAACCAGGGAAAAGCAGCAGCCUUGAAAUGACUCCUUACAGUACCCCACAACUGUCUCCGGCAACCACUCCAGCCAACAAAAAAAACAGACUGCCUAUAGCGACUCGAAGCAGAAGCAGAACAAACAUUCAGAUGGACCAGCACGGAGACCAUGAGGGAUCCUCCCAGGAGACCAUCCCAGAAGUCCAGCCAGAAGAGGUGCUGGUGAUUUCUCUGGGGACAGGCCCACAGAUUACUCCGGGUAUGAUGUCAGAAAAUGAGGUCUUAAACAUGCAGCUUGCAGAUGGAGGACAAGGAGAUGUCCCUGUUGAUGAAACCAAACUCCACGGUAAACCUGAUAAAACCUUGCGCUUUUCCCUCUGCAGUGAUAAUCUGGAAGGAAUAUCUGAAGGUCCUUCAAAUCGUUCCAAUUCUGUGUCGUCUUUGGAUCUGGAAGGAGAAUCUGUCUCGGAGCUUGGGGCAGGGCCGUCUGGAAGCAAUGGCGUUGAAGCGCUGCAGCUGCUGGAACACGAACAAGCCACGACUCAAGAUAAUCUUGAUGACAAGCUCCGUAAGUUUGAAAUUCGUGAUAUGAUGGGACUGACUGAUGAUAGGGAUAUAUCAGAAACUGUGAGCGAGACCUGGAGCACGGACGUCUUGGGCAGUGACUUCGAUCCAAAUAUUGAUGAAGACCGUUUGCAAGAGAUUGCAGCCGCAGAGAGUAUGCUGGGCAGCUUGCUGUGUUUGCCAGGUUCGGGAUCCGUGCUGCUUGAUCCCUGCACAGGUUCAACCAUUUCGGAAACCACCAGUGAGGCCUGGAGUGUGGAAGUGCUGCCAAGUGAUUCAGAGGCCACAGACCUAAAGCAGGAAGAGAGACUACAGGAGCUGGAAAGCUGUUCUGGGCUGGGCAGCACCUCCGAUGACACGGAUGUGAGGGAGGUCAGUUCUCGUCCCAGUACACCAGGCCUCAGCGUCGUGUCAGGUAUUAGUGCCACGUCAGAGGAUAUCCCCAAUAAGAUUGAGGACCUUCGAUCUGAAUGUAGCUCUGACUUUGGUGGAAAAGAUUCUGUGACAAGUCCUGAUAUGGAUGAAACAGCUCAUGGAGCCAGUCAAUUGACUUCUCCCCCUUCUCAAACGGAUUCUUUGCUGGCGCUGUUUGAUCCCCUGUCAUCAAACGAAGGUCCAUUGGCAGUGGUUAGGCCUAAAGUGCACUAUGGAAGGCCUUCUCACCCACCACCAGACCCCCCGAUCCUGGAAGGAGCUAUGGGAGGUAAUGAGGCCAGGCUACCCAACUUUGGCGCUCAUAUCUUAAUUCCAACUGACCUGGAGGCGUUCAAGCAGAGGCAUUCCUACCCCGAGAGGCUGGUCCGCAGCCGGAGCUCUGACAUAGUGUCUUCUGUGCGGAGGCCUAUGAGCGAUCCUGGCUGGAACAGACGGCCUGGUAAUGAAGAGAGGGAGCUUCCCACCAACCACAGCUGUGGAGUAGCUAUUUUGGCUGCGCCUCAGUCCUCCUCUUCAUCACCCAGCAAAGACUCCUCCAGAGGAGAGAUAGAAGAACGGAAAGAUAGCGACGAUGAGAAAUCGGACAGGAACAAGCCCUGGUGGAGGAAACGUUUUGUUUCGGCAAUGCCCAAGGCACCUAUUCCGUUUAGAAAAAAAGAAAAGCAAGAAAAAGACAAAGAUGACUUGAUGCCAGACAGAUUCUCUGCUCUUACAGAUGAUCCCAGCCCCAGGCUAAGUGCACAGGCGCAGGCGGCAGAGGAUAUCCUGGACAAGUACAGGAACGCUAUCAAACGAACCAGCCCCAGCGAAGGAGCCAUAGUCAAUUAUGACAGCACAGAGGCCAUGGGGGAUGGUGAAAGUAUGCAUGACUCGCCACGUGAUGAAGCCCUGCAGAAUAUGUCAGCAGAUGACCUCCCUGAUUCUGCAAGCCAAGUGGCCCAGCCCCAGGGCUCUGCUUUCUCCUACAGGGAUGCAAAGAAGAAAUUGCGACUGGCGCUCUGUUCAGCUGAUUCUGUUGCCUUUCCUAUGCUGAGCCAUUCAACAAGAAACGGCCUACCAGACCACACGGACCCUGAGGACAAUGAAAUCGUAUGCUUCUUGAAAGUUCAGCUAGCUGAAGCCAUUAACCUGCAAGACAAGAACUUGAUGGCCCAACUGCAGGAGACCAUGCGGUGUGUAAGCCGCUUUGAUAACCGGACCUGUCGGAAGCUGCUGGCUUCCAUUGCAGAGGACUACAGGAAAAGGGCUCCGUACAUUGCUUAUUUGACUCGCUGUCGCCAAGGCCUGCAGACCACGCAGGCACACCUGGAGCGGCUGCUGCAGAGGGUUCUGCGUGAUAAGGAAGUGGCCAACAGAUACUUCACCACAGUCUGUGUGAGGCUGUUACUGGAAAGCAAAGAGAAGAAGAUAAGGGAGUUCAUUCAAGAUUUCCAGAAGCUGACAGCAGCAGAUGAUAAAACAGCCCAAGUGGAAGAUUUUCUCCAGUUUUUAUAUGGGGCUAUGGCCCAGGAUACCAUCUGGCAAAACGCCAGUGAGGAGCAGCUCCAGGACGCACAGCUAGCCAUUGAGCGCAGCGUGAUGAACCGCAUCUUCAAACUCGCCUUCUACCCCAAUCAGGAUGGAGACAUCUUGCGUGACCAGGUCCUUCAUGAGCAUAUCCAAAGGCUGUCGAAGGUGGUGACGGCAAACCAUAAAGCCCUUCAGAUACCUGAGGUUUACCUCCGGGAGGCACCGUGGCCAUCUGCGCAGUCUGAAAUCCGCACAAUAAGCGCUUACAAAACCCCGCGAGACAAAGUGCAGUGUAUUCUGAGGAUGUGCUCAACUAUCAUGAACCUGCUGAGCCUGGCCAAUGAAGAUUCGGUGCCUGGGGCGGAUGACUUUGUUCCUGUCCUGGUCUUUGUUCUCAUAAAAGCAAAUCCCCCGUGCUUGUUGUCCACUGUUCAGUACAUUAGUAGUUUUUAUGCUAACUGUUUGUCUGGAGAAGAAUCGUACUGGUGGAUGCAGUUCACAGCAGCGGUUGAAUUCAUUAAGACCAUUGAUGAUCGCAAGUGACCUGCGGCUUCGCCAGCGUGGGCAGACUUGUUGCAGGGAGGAGCCUGUCAGAAUGUGCAUCAGCUGUUUGAAAGCUGAAGAAGAGACUUUCCGUGUAUAAUAUUGUACAGAGCUGAGGCAUUUUAAACAGAUCUUUACUAAUCAGAUUAAUUUAACAGGUUUCCCUUUCCUCUCUUUUGGUUACGUCUCUUGCCCCUACAGCUAUUAGCACUGCAAAAAGGGACCACGUUUUUCAGGUAUUUCAAAAUCUGAAAGUGUUUUAGGAAGCUCUUUGCCACACUUCUUGCACAAGAUACACUAUGUUUUCCCCUUAGGCUUCUAUUCACAAAAAAAAUGCAUUUCUUUUGUUUCUAGCUAAAAGAUUAGGACUACCACUUUUUAAGAUCCUUUUUAGUUUAAUACACCUUUUGUUCAGAAAACACCAGCCACACAGAAGGGUUGUAGCAGUUGGCAUUUAGGUAACAGUUGUAUUUCACCUGCUGUAAACUUCAAACCUGAGAGGACAAUGUAAAUAUAUAAUAUGACUAUAUUUAAUGAAUUGUAGUUAUCUUUGGACUCCAUUAUCCUUUCAGUCAACAAGCAAGGAUCUCCCCUGUCCUCCAGCAGCCUGUGACAUACUUUGUUGGCUGAGGAGGUGACUUUCUUAAUAGACUAGGUUUAAAAAGGGCAAACCUAAGUAUUUAUUAAAAUGUAAUAAAGUUUACUGAACUUCCUGAAACUGGAAUUUAUAAUUCACAGGGCUCUCACUGACCUUUCACAUUUUUUGGCUAGGGCAUUAGUGUGUUCAAGUUUUGCAUUUCUAGAGGAGAGGGACUGUAAGUUUCAAUAGAUAAGUUCUAAUAUAAAAAGGAAUAGUAAAUACCUUAUUGUAAUAUUUUUUCUGAAACAUUGUGUAUACUGUACAAACCCCAAACAGAACCUUAAACUGUAAUAUAUAUUUUGAUUAGUCACAUUAAAUACAUAUGCCGGGGGUUUCAGAAGGUUUUUUUACUAAGUGUUAUUUGUAUUGUCUGCUACAGCAGUGCAGGUUUUACUUGUUCAUAUAAAAUAUUUUGAAAUGCCAUAUGGUUCCUUAUGAAACACAUCAUGACAUCAGUUCAGGGUAUUUUUUUACAGAUUUGUCUUGCCCUGCUCCCUUUCACAGCGACAGAAUUAGGAAUUUAAAGAAGGUUCUUGUGCAGAAGACCAGGUGGACCUUCCUGAGAAACGGAACAAGAGAAUGUCUAGAGAUGUCCCAAGGGAUUCUGAUCUGCACGUGCACGGUCACUGGCCUUUUCCACUGUUGUAAGUUUAUCAAAAAAGACCCUUAAAUUGUGACUCCUUAAUGCCAGCAUUACGCCUCACUCUCCCAGUGCGUGCCAUAUUGCUGGCAAUGAGGUGAGCCAGACUUUGUGGCCACCAGUAGUAAAAAAAAACAAAACCCAACCCCCCUGUAUAACCUGCUUUAUUAACCCCUAUAUUUCCCUGCUUUCAGCUGGACAGUUCACAUGUACUGUGUUCUGCACACGCAAUUGAUGGAAGAGUUUUUUUCCCUCUUUUGGAAAAGGCCAGUGAGCUGUUAGAAGCCAUGUACGUCAGGCUUGACAAGGGAGUCUGUUUAAAAAAGAAAAAAAGCAACUAACUGGUACAUCUAAUACUAGUUUGAUUAGUUGCAAUUAGAACAACUUUUGUACAGUAUUAAGUGCUUGAGGUGCAACUGUGCUGCUCGCUGGGCAUAAUUCAGUGAAAGCGACUUCCUGCUUUCAAGGCCUCAGUAUCUCUAAUGGGUCUCUAUCACUGUUACCAUGUUAAAUCUGUGGGAAGUGGGUGGGAUGGUAUAGCCUUUUACUUUCUGUUUAUAGUCUUUCUCCUCUAUUAUAGACUUGAUCGUAGGAUAGAGCAAUACUUUCUAGUAGCAGCAGAGUUCCUGUAGUCUGCCUUUCUCUGGUAAUGCUGAUCUUCAGUCCGAAUGGCAUUGUAACGCUCUCGUUAUUUAGCCUUCAAGGGUUUUUGGUGCUGAAGACACUUAAUCUUGUAAUACUGUGUUCAUAGCCCUGACCAGUGGUGAAGCACAAUCCUGCCCUCAAAGGAAUGGCCAGAUCACACCUAAAAGCAAUAUCAACUGGUUGUACCACAACUGGAGUGUCCUGUUGAAUUAAUUCGUUACUGCAGAUUUGUCGUGCUGGUAUCCAUGCACCGAUACCCCGUAGUCCUGCCGUUUGGGUUCCAGGCAAGGAGAAGAUUUGGUCUCUCAAAUCCGCCUUGUCGUAAACCGUUUUCUCAAAAUGUAGCGUAUGGCACAGCAGCACCUUAUGAGGGAGCGGUCACGUCUGUCACGGGCAGGCCGGGCACAGAGCAGUCGGCUCCUAAACGGCCUUCAGGACUUGUUCUGCCCGGGAAGGUGUCUUCCCUGGCAAAGCCCGUUCUCUUCACAGUCUGUAUUACUUUGCUGCUUCUCUGUGGAGAAAAAUUACUGAAAAAAGUUUGAUUUUUUUUUUUUUUAAUGACAUUAUUUUAGAAAAAGUAAAGAUUUGUACAAGUCCCAGCACAGACAGGAGUCUCACAGCAAGAGGGUCUUUUGCUUAUUCUUAUUUUUUAUUUUAAACCUGCUACAAAAGCCUUUUAUACCAUGUUAUUGAUGGCCGUAGUAAAAGGAUUAGGCUUUCCAAAGAAUUAGAAGUCUGACUGUAACGUGUCUGUUUUCCUGGUGGCUGUACGAUUUUGUUUGACAAUGUUAAAUGAUGUGUAUGGGACGAUGCCUGCUCGGGUUUCUGUUGUGCAAUAGUUAGAGGUGAAGAUGGAAAGCACAAAGGACCAAACGGUACCAACUGUUUUGCCAAAAGGCUGCAGCCCAGCCAUGUUUGCACCCUGCACUUCAGCCACGCAAGGGUACACUGAACAACUGUUCUGGGGAGGAGAGGCUCUUUGCAGCCCGCUGUCUGCACAGACUGAAGGCCCAGUUGUUGAAGUCAGGGGUGCUUUUGCAAGAGUGCGGAGGAAUAAUUGACUAAUUGUCUCGAUCCAGCUGUUCCCUUCACGCUGGUGUUUGCUAUUCCUGUGCCCUGAGCUGAGCAUUGGGUCUUUCAUCCCCAGGGGAUCCCCCCGCCCUACAACCCCUGGUGGCUUUAUUUCUUCCUUCAAAUCUUGUUAAGCUCCUCUUCUAAGGAGCAUUGGCACGUGCGGCCUGCUGUCAUUUUAGUUUGAAGUUGCACUACUAACUAUUGGAUGGAAACUGCCAUACACAGCAGGAGGAAGUCACGACACAACCCUCUUUACUUGAGGUGAGUUUCUGGUGAGCACAGUGUCACGGCCUAUUUGAAAGCAAUGUUCUGUUCAGCCAAAUCCUAGCAGAAGUUUGGGGACCCACCGCCAUGUCAGUCAUGCUGAGUAGUCUGCAGGGGAAAACCGGCAGGUUGAAAGGGCAGCAGUCAACAUGCGCCCUGCUUAUCAGUGCUUCAAGGAAGUGAAGCUUGUGUAGUGUAACUUAUGUGGCCCAGCUACUGUAUCUAUGCGGCAGCCUUAGGCUGGAAGUGUGGUGGGAGGCCUGGAGCAGCAGAAAAUCAUGGGCUGUAGAGGGGGCGGUUCUCCUUUCUCGGGGAUUACAGCUGAUCCGUGGGCGAGCCCCUGCUCCAGGAGAACGAGUCUGCUGAGUUUAUUGCGUGUUCUGUACCUCUUCAUUGUGCUUCACCUCUGUUUUACAAGCUUUGUACUGCCUCUCCUCUUUGAAACUGGUAACGCCUUUCUAAAUCGAAAUUAAUGAGCUUGCACAAUCUUGUAUACAGGAAGCCCAUCUUGUCUCUAAUGUGAUUAUUAAUGUAUGAUAUCAUUCUGUACAAACCGAUUAAAAAGGAGAGCAGUUUA